GUGUGUGAGACAUGUUUACGUGUGUAUUUUUCUGCAAGCAUAUGCAGGCCACAAGCACAAAGAAAUAAGCACAGCGUGAAUGGGAGGUCUCAGGCAUUUACUGAAUUUCACAUAGCAGUUUCAUCUGGGGAAGAAAAAAAAAACAGAAGAAUUUUUCACUUCUCCUAAUAAAGCAGCUGUCAAAGCUAGGACGUGAGGAUGAAUGUGACUCAGCAUAACACCUCCAUGCAAUGCAAGCUGGACACGAGGAUCACCUCGGUCCUGUUCCCCUGCUUGUACUCUGCACUCUUCCUGGCUGCCAUCAUCCUCAACUGCUUGGCAGCCUGGAUCUUCUUCCAGAUCCACAGCAGCUCCACAUUUGUGGUGUACCUGAAGAACGUGGUGGUGGCCGACCUUCUCAUGACAUUGACCAUACCUAUAAAGGUACUAACGGACGCGGGCGUAGGCUCAACCACACUGAGGGCCUUCUACUGCCGCUACACGGGUGUGCUCUUCUACACCACCAUGUACAUCAGCAUCCUGCUGCUGGGUCUCAUCAGCCUGGACCGAUACCUGAAAAUAGUGCGGCCCUUUGGAAAGUGCGCCCUGCAGCGGGUUGGGGUGGGUAAGGUGGUGUGUGCAGUGGUCUGGACCAUCAUGGUUGCUUUUGCGCUGCCUAAUGUGAUCCUGACUGACCGUGAGCUUCCUGUGGGUCGCACUGGGAAGCUGAAAUGCAGCAGCAUGAAGAGUGAGCUGGGCCUCCGCUGGCACGAGGGCUUUAACUACUUUUGUCAGGUGGUGUUCUGGGGGACUCUGGGUUUAAUGGCCAUCUGCUACACCUUCAUUAGCAGGAAGGUGUACGAGUCGUACCGCACCUCACGGAGCAGCUCUGGCACCGCCAGCAAACGCACCAAGUCCAAGGUGUUUGUCGUAGUGGGUGUGUUCUUUAUAUGUUUUGCUCCCUUCCACUUGGCCCGAGUGCCCUACACCCUCACUCAAACACGAGGCACGUCGGCACAUUGCUGGGCUCAGAAGCAGCUCUACUUGGCAAAGGAGAUCACACUCUGGCUGUCAGCCACCAACAUUUGCCUGGACCCUCUCAUCUAUGUCUUCUUGUGCCGAGUCUUCCGCAGGAAAUUAACCGCUACUCUCUGUCGCAAGCCUUUACCCGGUGGAGGACUCGAGUCCCCGACAGAGACCUCAACCAAACAGGACAUGUCACACAUGGGUCAUUAUAACAAGGCCAAUGAUUUCCGCUCACAUUAACAUCAUCAUCAUCAUGAAUAUCGACGUCUGGUCACAAUACACUGGAGUUGAGGACAGUGAUUAACAUUACAUCUGAACUUCAAAUCAUCACAGGGUAAUUUUAUAAAAUAAUAUUUUUACUGUAUAUAACUGAAGCUUGAAGAUUGAGACACUUGUGUAGAUCUUAUAGCUGGGUUUGUUUGCUGGCAUGAGCUGAUUUUAUUUAAUCAUUUAUCAAAACACAACAGACCACUUUCACUCAGUUGACAUGUAUUACACAAGAAUACAAUUUUUCAAAGAUUUAGACCCUAGUUUAUCUUCAUUUUUAUGAUGAAACUGUGGUUUAAAGAUUGUUCAUACCUUCCAUCCAGUGCCUUUAAGGUUUUAAUACCAUUAUGGUGUAUGAACUUAACCUAUCUGUGGUAGCCUGGGAAAACCCAUCGGAUGUCUCUGUGGCUGAAUUCUGGCAAAACGAAUGAAAAAAAUGAAAGAAAAACCAAAAUAGUUUUGUUUGUUUUGCAAACUUAUUUUGCCAGCUCAAAUUUAAGAAACCAUAAAUACACUUCAUUGAAAUGAACUAAUAAAAAUGUUUUGAUGUACGUUUUAAAAUUGCUCCCUUUCUCCGAAGAUUAUCUCAACAAACACUGUGGUAAAAACCACAAAGUCUUCCUAUAAAGAUGUGUAAAACCUCACCUAGCUGAGUGUCAUUUCCUUACACAGUCAAUGUCAGAUUUCAGAUACCCUCAAAAUGUCUGCUAGGUUCCUGCACCACAGUCGGACUCAAAUUAUUUCAUCUUUUUUUUUCUCUUUUUCACUUUUUGAAGAGGAACCAGAUGUAUAAAUAUAUAGUAGAUUAUAAAUUAUAAGUGAGGUCUGCUAUAACUUGUGAGAUCUCAUCUCAUCUCAUUAUCUCUAGCCGCUUCAUCCUUCUACAGGGUCGCAGGCAAGCUGGAGCCUAUCCCAGCUGACUAUGGGCGGAAGGCGGGGUACACCCUGGACAAGUCGCCAGGUCAUCACAGGGCUGACACAUAGACACAGACAACCAUUCACACUCACAUUCACACCUACGGUCAAUUUAGAGUCACCAGUUAACCUUACCUGCAUGUCUUUGGACUGUGGGGGAAACUGGAGCACCCGGAGGAAACCCACGCGGACACGGGGAGAACAUGCAAACUCCACACAGAAAGGCCCUCGCCGGCCCCGGGGCUCGAACCCAGGACCUUCUUGCUGUGAGGCGACAGCGCUAACCACUACACCACCGUGCCGCCCCAACUUGUGAGAUACAUGCAAAUAAAGAAACGCAUUUCAAUUCAGGAAACGUCUAUAGAAUAUAGAAAUACACACACCAGCCACUUUAUUAGGAACACCCAUACUGUUUGAUGCAGUUGUCUAAUCAGCCGACCCCUUGACAGCAGCACAGUGCAUCAAAUAAUGCAGACACAAAUCAAGAGCUUCAGUUAAUGUUCACAAUGUUCAAACAUCAGAAUGGGAAAAAUUGUGAUCUCAAAGUGCGACUUUCUUUCACUGUGGCGUGGGUGUUGGUUUGAGCCAGAUGGACUGCUGGUUUGAGUGUUUCAGAAACUGCUGAUCUCCUGGGGUUUUCACACACAACAGUCUCCAGAGUUUACACAGAAUGGUGCGAAAAACAAAAAAAAAAAUUUGACUGAGCGACAGUUCUGUGGGUGGAAACAAACGCCUUGUUGAUAAGAGAGGUCAGAGGAAAAUGGACAGAUAGGUUCGAGCUGCCAGGAAGGAUUCGUAUAGCAACUCAAAUAAUCACUCUUUACAACCGUGAUGAGCAGAAAAGCAUCUCAGCAUGCAACAGCAGACAGAAGACCACACUGGGUUCAACUCCUGUAGCCAAGAAUAGGAAUCUUAGAGUCAAGAACAAGUUCCUAUUAAAGUGGCCAGGGAGUGUAUAUAGUACACUGUUCAAAAAAUAAAACAACAAAUCAUUAUUUACAGUGUAGAAAAUGUCAUAAUUUCAUCAUGUAAAUGGUUUUCCCAGGCCGCCAAACAACAUUUUCACGUUUAUUUUCUAGCAUGCAGUAUUUACAUGUUAUGUGUACUUUAAUCUGCCAAAUUUCUCCGACCUCACAGGACAGAAAUACAUCAGCAAGAUUAGCUAUUGUGCCAGCAAAGUAAUUCAUUCAUCAUCACUGAUCUUACAUACAGACAAAUGAAUACAUUUGAUUGAUUUCUUGUGUUUCUUUGCCUGAUAAUGUGGAAUGAGUUAAUCGAAUGAUGCCAUAGUUAAUAAGUUGAUUAACUUAUGGAGUUGGAAUUUCCCCCUCAAUGUGAUGCCUGUUCAUGAAAAUGGUGACAGUGUCCCUGUUUAAUUACUAUGAGAUGGUUUCAUUCAGGGACAGAAAAGGCUCCAUCUCAUCUCUCAUUAUCUGUAGCCGCUUUAUCCUUUUCUACAGGGUCGCAGGCGAGCUGGAGCCUAUCCCAGCUGACUA